AUUUAUUGGCCAGCUAUUUGAAAAAAUAGUCUUUUAAUUAUGAAGGUGUUUAUGUUGGAGUUAGAAGUCACAUAAUUCUUAAUUCUGUCCUAUUUACCCACUCUGGGUUUGUUAGUUGUGUUAAUAGUCACCACAGAGGGGCACUUGAGGACCAGCCCAGGGCAGGCAGGGAUAUUGUACCCAUCAUUUGAAGCCCUAAACAAAGAAUUCCUAGUAUUUCUAAAUUUUUCAUGUAAGGCUUUCUUGGGCCUUCCAGGACAGCUGCUCUCCAAAGCAGAUCACAGUAGAUCAUGCAGCAUAUUUCAAACCCUCUUCUGUCACCUCCUUGAUGUUGGGACACAAAACUGCUUGCACUGUCCUGUGCCUUCUUUGGAGAGGUGACUUUUUUGCAAGGGCCUGACUUUUUUCAACCAGUUUGUGUUGCCUGUCAAGAAUUUCCAUGUUGACUCUGGGAAACCUGCUGCAGAGUCUGCCCUGUUUGCUAUUCAGUCCUGUUUACUUCUCCCUUUAGCAGGUUGAAGUUCAUGAGUUCGCCCAGCCUCAGUGACCUGGGCAAGAGAGAGCAGGCAGCCUUGGACGAGCGGGGGACGCAGCAGCGCCGGGCCUGCUCCAACGCCGCCUGGAACAGCAUCCACAAUGGAGUGAUAGCAGUGUUCCAGCGCAAGGGUCUGCCAGACCAUGAGCUCUACAACCUCAAUGAAGGAGUCAGGCAAUUACUGAAAACAGAGCUGGGAUCAUUUUUCACUGAGUAUCUGCAGAAUCAGCUGCUCACAAAAGGCAUGGUGAUCCUAAGGGACAAGAUCUGGUUUUAUGAAGGGCAGAAGCUACUGGAUACCUUAGCUGAAACCUGGGAUUUUUUCUUCAGUGAUGUCCUGCCCAUGCUGCAGGCUAUUUUCUAUCCUGUGCAGGGAAAGGAGCCCUCUGUUCGGCAGUUGGCUCUUCUGCACUUUAGGAAUAUAAUCACCCUCAAUAUCAAAUUGGAGGAUGCAUUAUCCCGUUCCAGAGCCAGAGUUCCACCCUCUAUUAUUCAGAUGCUGCUCAUACUUCAGGGGGUCCAUGAGUCCAAAGGUGUGUCUGAAGAUUAUUUGAAGCUGGAAUCCCUGCUUCAGAAGGUUGUUUCUCCUUACCUGGGCACGUACGGGCUGUACUCCAGCGAGGGACCCUUCACGCACUCUGCCUGUAUCCUGGAGAAGCGGUUCUUCAGGCACUCCAGGUCGGGGGAGAUCCUGGCCAAGAACCCCGUGGUGCGCUCCAAGAGCUACAACAACCCCCUGCUGACGCCCGUGGCCGAGUACGACAGCGAGAGCGCGGCCGCCAACGGGGCGGGCAUCCGCAGGCACUCGGUGUCGGAGAUGAGCUCCUGCCUGCAGCUCCAGGGCUACCCCGGCCUCGCCCCCGUCACGGACAGCGGCUCCAGGGGCUCCGUGAAGGGCUCGCUGCCCGCAGAGCAGGAGAGGCCCGGCGCCGCGCCGGGGCAGGGCUCCAGCAAGCUGGGCACGGCCGAGCCCCAGAAGGGACUCUUCCGCUCCACCGGCGACCCGCACAGCUCUCUGGAGCUGGACACAGACGCUGCCUUACUGCCAGCUCCCUCCUCCAGCCCUGAGAACAUGGUGGAUCAGAUCUUGGAGUCCAUCGACUCUGACUCUGAAGGCAUCUUCAUUGAUUUUGGCCGAGGCUGUUCCAGUUCGUCGGCGUACAAUGUGGAUGUGAACAGGCAGAGCAUUGUGUGAAGGAUGUUAGGAGACAAACUCUAGAGUUCAAUGAUAUAUUGACAGUUACCAAGACAGCGUGUUGGACUGUGGUCAAUACAGCCCCACAAACUGUGGGGUCUAAUGAUACAUGAAAGUUACUGAGAGGGUGUAUUGGACUGUGGGCAAUACAGCCCCACAAACUGUGGGGUUUAAUGAUAUAUGACAGUUACUGAGACAGUGUGUUGGACUGUGGGCAAGCUGUCUGUGCCUAGG